UCUAGCGGAAAAGGAGAUUAUGAUGCAAAAACAAUCGAAAAUUUUGUAAACUACAAUGUGACAGAGAUGGAGGACAUCACCAAAAGGUUAUCCGACCUCAAAGAAGCCACUCAAGCAACAGACCAUGUGGAUAUCCUCAAUUCGGUAAUCAGAAAGGUCUCUUUCAUGAAGAACAUCACUCAGAGCCUUUUGAUCCUCUCGAAGACAAGUGUGCAACCCAAAGUUGUGGAGGCAAAGCCCUUGGUAGACACUUCCAAUUCAGACAAACUGAAAAAGAGGAACAAGAAGGAUCAAGAGAAAGCUAGAGCAGAGGUCAUAAGUAUCCAGGAAUCUGAUGAUAAUGAAUCUUGAAUCUCACUUAAAAUUACCAAAACCAAUAAUCCUUAAAGAUGCGGAAAUCAAUGAAAAUUGGGCGGGAAAAACCUCAACCCCGAGACCCAUCCCUCGAAGGGUUAUCGAAGAGCUUAAAAAGCCUUCACAGGGCCAAGAGCGAUGUCAAAAUCCUCAGGCUUUUGAUUUAUCUCACCAGCUCAAGAAGCGCAUCAAGAUGAUUCAUAGGAGGAAACAUGUAGUGAGGACAUAUGAUCUUCCUCAAGAGCCAAGUCGUAAUGAGGUUGAGAGCCUAAAGGACCCAAGAUUUAAUAGAUCAUCCCACUACAAUUUAAGAAACAAUUCUAACUCAAUAAACCAGAAAUCCCCAUCCGAAAAAGUGCGGGAGAGGUGUUCCUCCCGUUCUCAGUCCUUAGCAGCCCUCAAGAGCCCAAUGUGGUGCAAAAAGUGUUUCAAAAUGAUUGCAUUAAUGCCUUCCUCUCCUCCCCAAAUUUGCAAAAAGUGUCAUAUCCCUCUUCAAAAUGUGGAGAAUUUACUUUUUACAUAUUAUUCAAAAUAG